AUGUCCUCCCGUCUUGGACAACCUAAUUCUCAUUAUAGAUCCUAUUUCCUUAGUGGCUUGAAGAGUGAAAUUGUUAACAUGGUUAGGAUGACCAAGCCCCUUACUUUAGCAGAUGCUAUUGAAGUUGCUAAACUGCAGGAAAAAAAUCUAGAAGCCAUUAGGAAAGCACAGGAAAAGAUCAUACAGAAAUAUCCCACCCCAUCUCAUUUACAGAUCUCUACCCUACAGAAUAAGGGCAAGGGGAAUACUGAAGAGUUUUGUGACUGUCCUAAGGGAGAGCUUAGUAAUGAGAACAUAGAAGUUUCCAUUCAUGCGUUAGCAGGGGGAAAUGAGCAGAAGACUAUUAAAAUGAAGGUCAACGUGGCAAAUGGGGAGAAAUUAGAAUCCAGACAACUACAAAAGAUGGUAGGAUGGGAUAUACAAGGGCAUGAUUUCCAUCACCAAUUUAAUACACUUAGGUUGGGAAGUUGUGAUAUGGUGCUAGGAGUUGAUUGGUCGGCCAAAUAUAGUCCCAUUGAGUUUGAUUUCAAACAACUAACUAUGAAGUCCCUGAAUGGAAAAGAACUAGUGGUGUUAAAAGAAGAAGUAGAGAUGCUUAAGUUGAAACAUAUCAAAGGAAGUAAACUAGCUAAAUGGAGGAGGAAACAGUCACAUGGAAUCACUGCCCAACUCUAUGUAGUAGAAGAGGAUUGGGUAAGAUAUGAGCAGAUACCAGUAGAAAUGAAGGAAUUAUUGAGACAGUUUAGGGAAGUGUUUUCUAAGCCACAAGGCAUGCCUCCAGUUAGGAGUCAUGACCAUGUUAUCCCACUAAAGGAAGGGGCAGCUCCAUUUCAGAACAAGCCAUACAGGUUUCCAUAUGUGCAAAAGGCUGAGAUAGAGAAAUUAGUCAAGGAAAUAUUGCAGAUGGGGCUCAUACAACCCAGCAACAGUUCUUUUGCAUCUUUGAUACUGUUGGUAAAGAAAAAGGAUGGAAGCGAGAGGUUCUGUGUUGACUAUAGACAAUUCAAUAAGCUGACAGUAAAAGACAAAUUUCCUAUGCCACCGAUGGAUGAGUUGAUUGAUGAACUGUAG